AGCAUCCGGCAAAGUGUCAGAACAGAAUCGCUUGUCAUUUAUGCGCUGCAUGCAACCUGGCUGCGAUGUAUUUUGUUUGUCUGCACGAUAAAUGGGUCAAUCUAGGCGCAUCUUGGCCCAGAGCAACGCGCCUACCUCCCCCCCCCAUUCAAAGGUCUCCUCCUCUCCGUAGUAGUAGCCAGACAUGGCUCUGGUAACCCUACAGCGCUCUCCCACCCCAAGCGCAGCAUCCACCGCCAGUACCAACGCGGGGGAGGAAUUAGGGUGUGAUGAUGACCGGAGAGCAAAUCAAAGCCUCAGCGAGAGCUUCUUCAUGGUCAAAGGAGCUGCCCUCUUCCUGCAACAGGGCACCAAUUCACAGGGACCCAAGACCCCUACACACCACAAACACGCAGGUGACUUACCCCGACACCUGCAGGUAAUGAUUAACACCCUACGCUCUGAGGACCGCAUUAAACUGGCUGUACGGUUAGAGAGUGGUUGGUCUGACCGUGUGCGGUACAUGGUUGUGGUCUACACCAGUGGUCGACAGGACACAGAGGAGAAUAUCCUGCUAGGGAUGGACUUCACCGAUAAGGACAGUAAAAGCUGCUCUAUCGGCAUGGUGCUACCGCUAUGGAGCGAUACGAAGAUCCAUUUAGAUGGAGAUGGAGGAUUUAGUGUGACCACAGGAGGACGAUCGCAUGUCUUCAAGCCUGUUUCUGUGCAGGCCAUGUGGUCUGCGCUGCAGAUCCUCCAUAAGGCAAGCGAUGUGUCUCGCAGGCACAACUACUUCCCCGGGGGCAUGGCCCUCACGUGGAUGGGCUUCUAUGAGAGCUGUAUCACCUCCGAGCAGAGCUGCAUCAACGAGUGGAACACUAUGACCGACCUGGAGACCAUGCGGCCCGACUCACCUGCCAUGUUCGUCGACCGGCCAACGGAGAGAGAGCGAACCGAGUGUGCAAUCAAAGCUAAACUACGCAGCAUGAUGAUGUUCCGGGACCUGGAGAAUGUCACUUCCAAGGAGAUCCGUGUGGAGCUGGAGCAGCAUAUGAGUUGUAACCUGAAGGACUACAAAGAGUUCCUCGACAAUGAGAUGCUGCUGAUCCUGGGUCAGAUGGACAAAGCCACACUCAUCUUUGACCACCUCUACCUGGGCUCUGAGUGGAAUGCCUCCAAUCUAGAGGAACUACGGGACUGUGGUGUGGGCUACAUCCUCAACGUGACCAGGGAAAUAGACAACUUCUUCCAGGGCACGUUCUCCUACCACAAUAUCCGGGUGUUUGAUGAGGAGGCCACAGACCUGCUGGCCCACUGGAACGAGACCUACAACUUCAUCGUCAGAGCCAAAAAGAACCAUUCUAAGUGUCUGGUCCACUGUAAGAUGGGUGUGAGCCGGUCAGCCUCCACGGUCAUAGCGUAUGCCAUGAAGGAGUAUGGCUGGACUCUGGAGAAGGCCUACAACUUUGUGAAGCAGAAGAGGAGCAUUGCUCGGCCCAACGCUGGCUUUAUGAAGCAGCUGGCAGAGUACGAGGGCAUCCUGGACGCUAGUAAACAGCGCCACAACAAGCUGUGGAGGCCCGAGGGAGGGGAGGACAUCCCAGAUGAGGCAUCUGGCCAGUGUUGUGGGGGAGAGGAUACACCCGUGGAGGAUGAGGCCUGGGGGGGAGAGGGCUGCAGCGCCUCCCCCUGCCGGGGCCUGGAGGUGGACGCCCUGGACCCUCUCAACUACAAUUACUACUUCAGACGGCUGUCGGACACGGCCCUGGACAGCGAGCCCUCCACCCCAGUGCGCGGCCCUCCCCUGCUGGGCAUGGAAAGGGUGUUCAUCGAGAUCGAGGAUGUGGAGAGGGACGCCCUUCUGGAGGAUGAGGGCUUCCCCAUGGCCCAACUGGCUUUGCCCGGGGAGGGCACUGCCGCCCAAACCUGUGGGGGCCGCCUGGAGCCCCUGGAGGACAUGAGGCUACGCCUGGAGUUCAGCACGGUGGAGGAGGAGGACGAGGAGGAGGCACAGAAGGAGGAGGCGGAGAUGGCCGCCCUGGCACGGACACCUGCAGGAGGAGAGGGAGUGACGGAGGACGAGGAGAGGAAGGAUCAGGCCAACGUAAACCGCUUCAACAACGAGAACGCCAACAACAGUAACCGCCUGGCUGCCAAGCGCAGCUGCCCCGCUGCCUUCGACGACAGUGCUAGCACAGGAAACCCUUACAAAGUGAAGCCCUCCUACCAGUCCUGUAAAGACUGCCUGCGUCUGCCACCAGGGCGGCGCUGUGAGCGCCCGGCAGGAGGCCGCAACCACCGCCUUAACCCCACACGCCACUGCGGGGUGGUCCCCACUAUCUCCAUAGACCCCCCUGGCACCCACUUCACCAACACACCCACCCCCCACUCACCCUGUGCCCUCCCUGCCACCAUUGCCCGCCUGGAGGCCUACCGCCAGCGGCUGGUGUCGCCCAUGAGCUGCGAGGAGCUGCCCCGAGACAGACACUGCUCCCUAGAGACGGAGGACAUGGACGAGCUACAGGAGGAAGAGGAGGAAGAACAGGAGCCAAAGCCAGGGAGGGAGGCGGGGACUGGAGUCAUCACAGAGCUCACUUUUAUGAAGCUCAGCUUGGAGGGGGAGAGGCCAGUGGGUCAGCCUCCUGGUGUGGAGUUGCAGCCUGCUGGGGUGGAGGUGGACCCUCCUAGUGGUGGAGUGGAGCCACAGCAGGAGCAGGAGGCCCUGGCCCAGCUACAGAGGACAGGGCUGGAGCUGGGGCUGGUGAGGCAGAGCGCGGACCAGCUGGAGAGGCUCUCAGGACUGGCCAUGGAAGGUCCACUCUCAGGGGCAUGGCUGUCUGAGCAGAUGGACCUGAGCUUGGCAGUGGAGGAGAUGGAGGUGGAGGGGGAUGUAAGGGUGCAUUCUGAAACCCACAUCCCUUCUACCAGCUGUGUGGUCACAGCCGCAGACCCCCAGAUGAACACCACCCCAGUGUCGUACCCCCAGUGGUCCACCCAGACUUGGACCCCUGUGUCCUCCCCCCAUGGCUCCACCCUCACCCGGAGCUUAAGCAGUGUCAGCCUCGACAGCAACUGCGGGGGACGCCCAGGCCUGGUCAGGCCGCGCACCCAGGAGAUGGAGACCCGCAUGAGGCUGGCCGGCCUGACCGUCCCCUCCCUGCUCAAACGCUCUAGCUCCCUGGCCAAACUGGGAGGGCUCACCUUCUCCACCGAGGACCUCUCAGACCUGGCUGAUGAUCAGGCCCAGCUGUUCUUCACCGUGCCCCCAGCCCUCUGAGUCCCCAUCCACCCCCUGGAGCUGACUGUGUUUCCAGUGUCUCUCUUCCAGUCAGGUUCCAUGUGUCUGAACCACCUGACCGUGUAAGAGCAGUUUGAAGGAGCAGGGAGAAAUUUGCCAGGUGUCCUGGAGACAUGCCUGAGAAAUAUUAGCAGCAUGUUGGCUGGAAGAAAGUAAAAUAACUAAAGAUUUCCUAUUCCUAUUAUAGACCGUAUACAAAACAUUAAGAACACCUUCCUAAUAUUGAGUUGGACCCCCCCCUUCCCCUUUUGCCCUCAGAACAGCCUCAAUAC